AUGGCUGUUUGUAGUCUAAGAACUUUGUUACUGAUUGUCUGCAUUCUGGAAUUGAUUGUAACAGUACAACGGCAAGUGUUUGAUUUCUUAGGGUAUAUGUGGUUGCCUAUUAUUGCAAAUUUUACCAACAUUAUAUUCAUAAUUUUUGGUUCUUUUGGGGCUGUUCAGUAUGUAACAAAGUAUCUAUUAUCUUAUUCAAUAUGGAGUUGUAUGUGGUUGACAUGGAAUGUCUUUCUAAUAUGUUAUUAUUUGAAUGUUGGAACUCUUAAUAGGGAAAGUGGCCUUUUGUCAUUAGGUACUGGUAGUGUAAGUUGGUGGGAGGGUAAUGGGUGGGGAUGUCAACCUGUUUGGGGUGAAGCAGACGGCCCUGGAACUUGGAGACCAGCUCGAGUUGAUGGAUGUUUCUUACAAUGGCAGUAUGUGGAGUUGGGUCAAUCGUCUAUUGCCGCAUUUCUUGCCGCCACAGCCUUGCCUCUAGCAACGCUUUUAACAUACAGAUCCUUUAAGAAAGAUAAGACUGUGUCUGAUAAGUCUACUCUGUCCCGCCGUCAAGUAUUUACUAUAGAACUAAGUCCCACCGAAACUAAUGUGAACGAGAGCUCAUUGAAGCCUAUGACUCCUCGUCGUGUGAAGCGCAGGUCCGGUUCCCGUGGCGCGGGCUCGUCUGUGCGUCGAUCGCGGCGCUCGUACCGGAACGCUGGCUACCUCGCCUCCAACUCCUCAUUACCGCGGGACCCUCGUCCCUCACGUCCCACUUCCGCUCAUUCGUCGUACUCUAACUUCCACGCAGCCCGGCCCUCGUCAUACAACCUUCCUGAACGGGAUGUAUAUGAACCGCCCGCCGAGGAUUCCGUCCCCAUAGUGACUAACAGAACCAACACGAUCAGACGCAGUAAGAUGAGUCGAGACGUCGUCGGACCAUACAACAUGCCGGAACCGCAAAGACAGCAGCGCCCUGCAGACAAUGCCACGUAUGAUAACAUUGGACGUAGUUACGAGACGGUCACCAACUAUGAAAAUAGAUCAGAGAGUGUAGCCACGGCGUGUGAGCCGGCUUACGAGGCGAACUACGGCUACGGGUACGACACUUCAUGGGACCCGCCUCCUCCUCCCGUAGGAGCGCGCUCAACACCACAAGCUCCGGGCCCGCCAGCAUACCAACCAGCCGUAGACCCCUAUAAUGUUAUACCCUAA